AUGAUGGAGAUCGGCUUUCCCAAAGCUCCCGACAUGCAUCGACGCUACCUCAUCUCGAGCGGCGACACCAUGUCCAUCAAGCACCUGGAGGCGUUCGAGCAGGAUCUCAAGACCACGUACGGCGAGAAGCAAGCCGGAACAUACGACGUACACAUCGUCGCCCGAGCUCGCAAGAUUCAUCAGAGCCUCCUCACGACCCCCUUCACCGCCAUCCUCUCGGUCGUCCAGAUCUUCCCGCUGCUGCUGUCUUCGCCCUUCACUGGCAUCAGGAAGAGACAGCAAUACCCCGACAUCAUCCUCACGAACGGACCGGCCACGGGCUUCAUCGUUGGGCUGGUGGCGUAUUUUCUCAAGAUAUUCCGCGUCAUCCCUGAGGAUGCCGCGCAAGUUCUCUACAUUGAGUCGUGGGCCCGGAUCCGUACCUUGAGUUUGACAGGCAAGCUGUUCCAUCUCACUGGUAUUGCGGAUAUGCUUCUUGUACAGCACGAGCAGGUGGCAAAGGCUUAUGGCGUCACAAAUGCGGGUUGCAUGGUUGUCAAAGGAGGAAGAUGA